UUACGGAGUAAGGUACGGAGUACAGGGAUUGGACCCAUGCUUGCGUUUGCCAUUUUGGACUUUUAGAUCACUAUGGUACUCCGUCGGUGGAGAGGGGAAUCCUGGAUGCUUGUGCAGGACGGGAUGAGUGCAGGGCAUGGUUGGGUUCGGGUCGGAAGGUAUUUUACGGUUAUUAGGGAUGGUUGUUCAUGUGGUCAUUCUCAUAUUUAUGGAGUACUACAUUUCGAAUGUUUUGGCUGGGUUGGUAGGUGGUGGUAAGUGGUGGGUGGUGAAGAUUGGGGUGAUGCUAAAUUUGGAGCCGCAAUGUCGUGAUAUCAUCGACUUUGGCGCGGUUUUUGAUAUCCAGCCAGUCUGGCAUCGGAUUUCUGAUGAUGAUGGUGUUAAGGAUCAGGAGGUGAUCUGCUACACUACCUGUUCUAUAUAUACUCGAGCAUGCGCACGCCAUCAAUUCUCCGACCCCUACGGAGCAGUCACCCCCGACUACGCCCUACAGGAAUCUCCCCAGUCCCACACUCUUAUCGGCAGUCUCACAGCUCGGAGAUAUCACGGUGGCCCCAAGAUUGGUCCUAUCCACCCGGGUGACUCCUGACGUGCAUCUCCAGCCGGUUGACAGCGGAGGCUAACUGACCGAAGUAAUUGCGAAGAUCGCCCAUUAUUAGAUUAUGCUAUCUGCUAGUGAUUGUUUCAUUUGUCGAUCUGAUUGCACGGUCCGGUCUUGAUUCCCCUGAUUGGUUCCUCGACACCACGUGUAGGGCAGGCC